AUGUUCUCCUCUCUACUGCGACGCCCCAGGGCUGGUCCCCGUCGAAACGAUCGUCGCCGGAACACAAGUGGUUCUCCAUCUCCAGGUCCUGCUCGAAGGCCUUAUACGCUAGAACGACAUGCAACGGCCGAUUUCACGGAAGCCGACGACGACGAUGGUGAUGAUACUCAGGAUGAGGCGUUGAACCGGUUUCAGAGAAAUGACCGUCGUACGAAUAAUGAUGGUGAUGAGGAUGAGGAUGAGGAGGAGGAGGAGGAGGAGGAGGACGACGACGACAACAACGAUGGUGAAGAAGACGGGCCAGACGAGGAUAACCAACGCCGACUGCCUGUUCUUCCUUUAUUUUCUGCCACUCAUUUGGAUUCAUUGCCUGUAUAUAGCAUAACGCAUGCCAUUCGAAUCAUCAUCUCAACACGCACCGAGACGACACUAUCAUGGGACCAGCUUCGUUCACCACAGGUCUCCCAGUUUCUGGUCAAGCCUAUGCAACAACAGAUUCGCGCCCAGCAUUUCAACCGCGCAACGCUGUAUGCUCUCAUGAUCAACUGUCUCCAGUUCAACAAGGAGGGUGAACGCUACCCUGGCAAUGCAGGAAUUAGUAGCACUCGUGCCAAGGUUUGCGAAUUGCUGACCCUCAAGCUCCUCAAGGAGUACAACACUCGAGAACUUAUCGAUGCCCUUGCCUAUGACUUUUACCCCCUCCAAGGCCUUCCCGGAGCUGAGGCGCCUACGGAUCCACGAAAAUCACCACCGAUCAAUAAGCUGCCCCUAAUUGCAUCUCGAACAUCGACUCUCGAGGUUGCAAUUCGAGCCUCAGCCAAGCACUUGCUUGCUCAUCCCCUUGUUGUCCAGCAACUGGAAGCAAUCUGGAGUGGUGCAAUUACCUUCCAUUCAUCUGCCGAUAGCUUACAUCGCGAGCCUCCACCAACCACCGGCCGCACUUCGAAUGGAUACCUGGGAAAGGCGGACGACAGGACUCCUCUGCUUGGACAUGUUGCUCAGAAGAAAUCGUAUUUUACCCCUCCAGGGCGUCGUACGGCGUCGCUCUACGAUCCUCGACAAGCGUCUCUCCUGAAGCUCUCCCGGCUGCGAGUUCCCCGAUACAGGUCUUUCCUGUCGACAAUCUCGCUUGCGGUCCUGAUUGGACUUUUCCUUGCUGUUCUUGCUGAGCGUUCGGUUCAGAUCACUGGUCUGGAAUUGAUUUUCUGGUUCUGGAGCGCUGGCUUCAUGCUUGAUGAGCUCGUAGGAUUCAACGAGCAGGGGUUCGCACUCUACAUCAUGAGCUUUUGGAAUAUUUUCGAUCUUGGUAUUCUGUUAUUGCUUAUGGUCUACUACUGCAUGCGAGCGUAUGGCGUUUUUCUGGUAGAUCCUCAUCACUGGAAUGACAUGGCGUACGAUGUUCUUGCGGCCAAUGCCAUUCUACUCCUUCCACGUAUCUUCAGCAUAUUGGAUCACUACCAAUACUUUUCACAGCUUCUUAUCGCUUUUCGGUUGAUGGCUGUUGACCUUGUUGCGGUUUUUGUUCUCAUCGGAAUUCUUUGCAGUGGAUUCUUCUUCUUUUUCACCUUGACAAAGAACUCAUUCGGGGCGAGUGACGUUGCAUAUAAGAUCUUUCAGAUUCUUAUGGGCUUUACCCCUGCAGCAUGGGAAGUAUGGGAUCAGUAUAAUUGGUUAGGGAGAGCCUUGCUGGUCCUUUUCCUGAGCAUUUGUCAUUUCCUCGUUGUGACUAUCUUGAUUACAGUCUUGACCAACUCAUUCAUGGAAGUCGCCAAAAAUGCCAACGAAGAGCAUCAAUAUCUAUUCGCCAUCAACACUAUCUCCAUGGUGAAGAAUGAUGCGCUUUUCUCAUAUAUUGCACCCAGCAAUAUCUUUGCAUGGCUUCUCAUGCCUCUGCGGUAUUUCAUGCCGCUGAGACAUUUUGUGUGGUUGAACCGAACAGUAAUCAAGUUCACCCAUUUCCCAGUACUAUUCUGUAUCUACUUGUACGAGAGGUACUGGCUUGCUCCGUCCAUGUAUGAGCCAACCGACUUGGUGGAACAUCCAACUCGCGACCGAGGUCGACACAUUUCCUUUAUGGAUCCUGCAGGCCGCGCUGGCAUCUUUAGUCCAAGCAUUAGAGUUCGUGAGGAAUCAGUUGCCGGCUUCCAGAAGGAUCGAGCCCUUGAGGAAGUGUUCAGGCGCCUGCCUGAUCCCCUCACGCUUAGGACACAGAGGCGCCAAGAGAGACGGAAGACACAGACAGCCAUUCGUAACUGGAUGGAUCAACACGACGAUAACGAUCAGUCACCAGGCAACUGGCAAGCACAGGAGAAUACCGCAACUCCUUGGCAGCGAAGAUCUAGUGUCGGUCUUCUUCGCACCACCAAUUUAAGGCGUGUUUCAGACGUCAGAUCAAUAGCGAGCGAUCCUGCUGAUCUGAUCUCCAAUGCUGGUCAACCCUUCCGAGAAUCUCGUUUCCCCAAGGCUCGCUUGGCGGGCGGCACGUCCGAGUACAAGGAUCAGACCGACGCAGACGGAGACGACGAGCUGGUGACAAAUGACGAGGAUGAGGAUGAUCGAGGCACAAAUGCUGGACGAAGCCAGGUCACCAGAAACCACCGAAUCCAAGAGGAAGCGGACAGCUAUUUUGCACCAAAUGCCAAUAACUUUGGAAAACUGGCAUCUUCUGUGAGCUCAAUUGGGAAGAACUCGAGCAAGAACAUGCCUCCGACCCCUCGACCCAAACGAGGUGCGCACAACCGAACACUUUCGACAAACACGAUUCUCUUCAACCCACAAGACUUCAAGCAGGUGAAGAGCGCUUCAUCGGUCUCGCCACCUCUUCCCGGCCAGUCCCGUCCACGAACAAGUGGACGUACGACAGCUGGAGAGAAAACACCAAGACGCAGCUCACCGCGCCGCUCUAUGUAUGUGACUACCACCAAGCCUCGGCCAGUAUUGCCUCCACGAGGUAUUACCGAGGCUGGUGCUGUUAGUCGAUCUGCCAUGCUCAGCAUUGAGCCACGAAACCGCCCCAAGGAUGUCAGAAGGUUGUCCUCAGUUGACCUGAGUGCCAUGUCUGAUCAUGUUGGAGUGGAUCCUAUCGGAGCUAUGCCAGGCAGCUUCCAGACGCAAAUGGCGAUGGCAAUGAUGAAGGACAAUCGGCUGCGGACGGCCGGUGGUAACGACUCCGGCGACCGCGACAGAAUGGGAAGGCUAGUGCUGGCUAGAAUGAAGACACUAGAGGAAAGCUUUGCGGAAGUGAUCAGGGAGAUGCGGGAUCUGAAGAAGUCAUCGACAGUCCCUACUACACGACUUAAUUCGUCAGGAGAGGAGGGAGGCCUGCAACAGAUCAUCGAAGUGGCUGGACGAGAUCGACUCAAGAAGUACGGCGUUGACAACGGCCAACGCAAAGUGGCGUCUAAGCGACCUGUCAGCCGACGAAGCUUGACUAAGGAGUCCAAGACCUCGUGGGAUUACAAGGGGAAGGGUAAGGAGAUAGCAUACGAGUCUGAUGAUGAGGCGGAGACAGACGAAAGCUUCCUUCAGAAGGGAGGCUCAUUGUAA